AUGGCGCGCCGCGGCUCCCUGUCCUCGCCCUGCCCUCAGUCGGCGAUGCCGCCGGACAUCAGAGCACGGCGCCGGCAUCCGGUGAUCCUGAAAAGGUCGCCGCCGCCGGUGGGCGCUCGGUGCGCGGAGAUGGCCGGCGGCGCGGCGGCGGAAUGCGUCGCUGUGUGCUGCUGCUUCCCCUGCGCCGCGGUGAACGUGGUGGUGCUGACGGCGGUGCGUCUUCCGGCGGGGAUCUGCCGGAAGGCGAUGCGGGCGCGGAGAGACAAGCGGAGGAUGCUCAGGCAGGCGAGGCUGUUGGGGAACAGGGCCAGCGAUGAUACCUCCGCGGUAGCGGUAGAGGAGGAAUCGGAGAGCGAAGAGGUGGUUGUCGGGCUGACGCCUGAGGAGAUGGCGGAGGUGGAGAGGGCGAUGUGGCUGCGGUUCCAGGGUGCAGGCUUUUGGCGGAGCCAGUCGCAAAAAGAGGAACCAAAUUCAAUGCUUAUCGCUUAA